AUGGUUAAAUGUGUGAUUUUAGUUAUCCAAGGAUGGGGCAAGGGCAAGUGGCGCAGUCACCGCACGUGGAGUUCUAAUCCAGUCCAAGUAUCGAAUCCCAGAUUGCGAUCAUGGAAGUUGUUAUUUGAUUAUCAACGAUUGCUCAUCCCACGGAUUAUCCUCGGCAUUACAGAACCGCUACGUGCCAGAGGCUUGAACGUAAACGACGUGGAGAUUUUCAUUGAACGUUCUUCAUCAGCUAUUCCCGAAAACGCUGACGUACGAUUCCUGGCGGGCAGAAACGUGAUAACCCUCGUCCUGCUGUUUUCCACUGACGCUUCCACUUUUUCUCGUUCCAACCCACAAUCCUCCGCAAUAUCGCUUCCGAUACUCAUUUUCUCUUGGGCAACUCUAAUAUUGCCGAAAUCCCCGCAACAAUUUCGGGCGAUUUGUAUGAUAGUCAGAAAUAAAGAAUUCUAUUACCAACUGACUGUCUUUGAAGGAAAUCUGCGUCGCUUUGCUGAAAAUUCGAGAGACUCUGUUGUUGAAAAGCUUUCGAUUCAGAAGAAAAAACUCGUUUUGUGA